AUGACAGAGAAUAUGAAAUCGCUUGGCUUGGACGAGGAUGCAGACUUUAUCAGCCAGGAUUUGCUGGUGGACCGUUUGCAGCAACUCACCCUCUCAACUUCCUACAGCGGCAUUGGAGGGCCUGAAGCCACUUUGAACACCUUGCAUCACUAUGUGCAGAAAGUGACAGGCCGUUCUAUCAGUCGACCAAGAGUCCUUUUUCAGAUUGAGUUUGAUGAGACUUGUCGGGAAGAACUCAUGCGCUAUGCGGCUAUUGACACCAACGUCCAGAAAAGUUGCAUCUUUGGCGACUUGAACUCAUUCUAUGUCAAAGAGCUGAACGAGAUAGUAACUCAGCUGAAGCAGCAACCCGAACUUGCCUUGGAAGUCCUCGCCAAGAUGGUCGCGAGCGGUGAGGCUGUGAAAACGAAGUCUUAUUGCUACGCGCAUCAGAAGCAGUGCCAUGUGCCACUUACAGCACUAAGGACCAUGGCUCAUCUUCAAGUUGGAGGUACAUCGUGCACAGCCUACGCUGCUAUUGGAAAACAGCUUGGUGUCCGUGACAGCACCAUCCUACCAUUUCUGGCAUGGGUUGGGCACAGGAUCAUUUUGCAGGAGCCAUUGACGCUCCAUGAAAAUUCGACACGCUUCCCGCUGCAGUUGUUGGAAAGGUUCCUCGGCCACAUCUAUUUCAUCGACAAUGCCACCGCUGGUGAUGUAGAGGCUUUGUCGUACGGUGGGGCAGUACGACGAGAGCGAAAGUUGACUUGGCUCCGUCACAAAGCCAAGACGUUGAUGAUGGACAGGCCCUUUAACAAGUUCAACCUGCGAUUCACUCGUAUUUGCAACAUGACCUACAGGGAGUACUAUUGCCAGCAUCUGAGCGCAAACACCAUUGCGAAGGUGGAAACGCCACGCGCAAUUGUAUCAGUCUUGCAUUCUAUGCGGAGUACUUUGCGGAGCGAGGAUAGCGAAGAUGAUCCUAGGUCAGAGGCCAUGUUUCGAGCAAUCAGCCGUGCCGAAGGCAAGGGUAACCCAUAUGUUGAGAAGGCUUUGCAGACUGGUUUGGAGAAUGUGCGAUUGUUGAGUUCAAAAACGCCCCUUGAAGUUCGAUCAAUUCUUUGCCAGCUUCACAAUACAUACCAUGACGGUGCGGGCGAGACUUGGACUACUUUGCUGGACCGCUCAGAUGAGAUCAUGGCAGAAUGGGACAUGAAGGUGAAUGGUCCUGGAGGAACUGGCAUCACUACGAGGAACAGUCAGUAUGACUCGUUCUUAGAGAAGUUCGUCUUCCGUGAGAAACAAGCGGUUGGGUGGGGUGAUAGCCUCAACUUUUUCCGAACCACGUCCGUCCUGUCCCGGUACCUGACCCGCUACAACAUUAAGGAGGAUGUCCGCCAGUGGUGCAACACGAACAUGAAUUUUACUGACUUCAAGCUCUCGAACAGGGACAUCAUCUUCAUGCUUCACCAGCUGUGCGUGACCAUUUGCAACGGAAUGACCAAGUUCUAUUCGAAGGAGUACAUUGGAAGGACCAUGCUUGAGGCUAUCAAGUUUUGUCUCGAAUCGGAAUUGGAUCAGGGAGCUGCAAGCCAGCCACAGCUUGAGUUGAAGGGAAAAGGCAAAGGAAAGGGCAGAAAAAAUAAGAACCGCAAAGGCAAGGGGAAAGGUGAGAUUGAAACUGAGCCUGCUCAGCCAAUCUCCUGGAGCCCGCUUGCAUUUCCCCUAGUGGAAACCGGUUCUGCUCCAACACCAGAGUUGGCUCGGCCUAAGACUGCCCUAGAUGACUUCACGCACUGCUUUUUGGAAGUGAAGACAGCAUUCGAGAAGAAGCUUUCCAACGCGGUGCGUGAAUCCGACGAGCACGCUGGGAGGUCGCAGAGCACAUUCAACGACUCAACACUGAACUUGUUUGGGCAUGGAGUAUCCUACUUUUUCGAGUUUGUCUGGACAGGGAAUGUGGCGAUCAAUGGCAAGUUCGUGAGAACCUAUUCAGCAUUCCGAACCGAAUUGACAACCUUCAUCUCAACAGCGUGUGAACUAGCGGCUGCUAGUGCGGCAUCAGGUGGUUCGCGCAUGACCUUGGCAGCCGACUUUAGUCAUCUGAUAGAUUCAACUCCCUGCUCCGGAGUGCAUGUGGGCCAUUUGAAGGAUGAAACGGAUGAAGUGAAGGCCAUCGACAGGUUGAAAAUCACAAUCCCUGCCGCCAUCAGAAGUGGAAUGGAUGGCUUCAUCAAAGAUGUCUUGUGCCUACCUAUUGAAUAUCAUGCAGCUUUCACUCAAGUAUCCCUGGCUCUGCUUAGCAAAAUGUUUUGUUUGCAGUGCAGUGUUAACUAA